UUCGAUUAUGGAAUAAUGAAAAAGUGUAAAGGAAGUAACUGUGGGCUCAAAUCGUGGAUUCAAAUGGACCCACGGCUCUCUUGUUUUCUAUAUGAUGAGCAGCAGAACAAGUGCUAUUGCAAGUAAGCAUGAAGUAUUUAAAUAGCAAAGUUUGUGUUGAUAAUAGCAUUACUGAUACAGAGUGGACAAGUGGUAGGUCUCAGCCACAAGGUGGGUGGAAAAAAGAUUACUUGCUUCGCCAUCUGGCCAGUAGAGAACAUCUUCAGGCACUGUCGGUGCCUAUAAGUGCAGCCAACUGGGAGAAGGCACUAUUUACUGAUGCUCUCAGUAGUGACACAAAAGAGGAUGUUGUUCACCUCCUCAGAAAUGUUCUGUGGUUAAUCAAGGAACAGUUGCCCAUUUCCAAAGCUAAAAGCCUACACAGGUUAAUAGAGAGCCAUGGUCUAUCAUUGGGUAGACGCCACAGAAGUAAAAAUUACAGCUGGCAGUUUGUUGCAGCUCUCAAUGAACCUGUUGAGGCAGAAAACCUAAUGGCAUUAAAGCAAGCAAGGGUUCAUUCUCUGAUUGUUGAUGAAAGUUCAGAUAUUGCCACUGAAAAGCACCUGAUGAUGUACACAAAAUUUCUUGCAAAGACUGAGCUGCAAGUGAAAUUUAUAAAGCUGCUUUAUCUGGAUGGUAAAUCUGAUGCUGUAUCCUUGUACAAAUCUAUAAAGAAGUUCUAUGUUGAGCACCAAAUCUGCCUCCAGUCUAUGGCCAUGAUAACUACAAAUGGUUCAGCUAUUAUGAUGGGAUCGAAAGGAGGCCUUCAUGUCAAGCUCAAGGUAGAUAUUCCAUGGCUGCUUGGACAACACUUUGUGGUACAUUCUGAGGCUUUGGCCAUUAAGGAUUCAUACAAUGAAAUUACACUUUUUCAAGAAAUAGAUGGUUGUUUCAAAGCUAUCUAUUCAUAUAUUUCCAGAUCCACAGUUAAACAUAGCGGUUUGGAAGAAGUCUUCCAUGUCUUGGAGACGAGUACCAUCAAACUGGCAAAGGCUUGUCACUUCAAAUGGAUAAAUCGGGGCCGGGCAAUCCAAGCAAUUUGCAAAUCCUACCAAACCCUCAUAAUAUAUUUUUCUGAUAUGAGUUACAGUGACCAUGAUAUCACAGCAGAAAGUAUCCUCCUUAAACUCCAACAACCUCGCAUUCUACUUGCCAUUUUCUUCUUGAGAGAUCUCCUCCACCAUUUGGACAAUCUAUCACUAUUUUUUCAGGAAAGAUUUCUGAAUCCAGUAAGAAUACCUGAAAGGGUUCAAUCUACAAUUAAUCUCCUUGAGUGCAAGUAUCUUGGAAACAAUAUCUUAUGGGAAAGCAGCUUUCUGUUGGGAAUCCAGUUGCUGGAAAGUGGUGCUCUUUCUCGACUGCCUUUGGCAAGAAAACCACAUGGGCCAAUACUUCACAAAACAGCAGCUAAAGCUACUGAUGAGAUAGCUGACUCUGUUAAAACUUUGGUGAGGAAUAUUGUUGACAGUCUGAAGGAGAGGUUCCCUGAUAAUGCAAUCAUCAGAGCCUUUCGGAUCCUAGAUCCAGAUAGGAUUCCGUCUGACCCUGAGAAACUGGCUCAUUAUGGAAAUAGUGAAGCAGCAGCUCUGCAAAACCAUUUCUCAGAUCUUCUUUCCAGUGAUGGAAAAGAUUUAGUUGCUGAGUGGGAUCAGAUGAAAUACCUCAUUGCAUCCAGAAAAGGAGAGAGUUUGGAUGAAGUUUGCAUUGAUCUAGCACACUCGGAUAUGUGGAGAAAAGAAUAUCCAAACUUCUCAAUCCUAUCAGAGGUUUGUAUGGUGAUGUCAGCAUCAACCACUGAACCCGAUAGGGGAUUUACAUCUGUGAACUUGAUAAAAAAUAAAUACAGGAAUUUGCUUACUUCAGACCAACUUGAUCAGUUGCUCAGACUGUGCUUGGAGAAACCUGAAGAUGCCCAGGAUUACCUGGAUGCAGCCUAUGCUGCAUGGCUGCAAGCUGAACAAUGGAGGCUUCUUCUCAAAGAAUGGAGAAGAGGGGAAGAAUCAAAAACUGAAUCUGAUUCAACUGAAUCGGAUCCAGAUCCUUUGUCUGAUUCAGAAUAAAAGUUAUUGCUGCUGACUAGUGUCUUGGGACAUGCAUGACAAAGGGAAAAAUACAACUUCUUUGUUAACUUGUGAUUCUCUGUUGGUGCUAUGUUGUUUGUAAUUGUAUUACAAAGAAAUGUACAUUUGCCUUACAUUACAUUACAUUUUUGCCUUACAUUACAUUACAUUGCCUGGAAUAAAAGGCAUCUCCCAGUAUUCUGUAUACUGUUCCUUUAUUGCCGAUUGAUAAUCCAACACAACAUGCUUCUAUAUCAUAGCAUGUGUAUCAUAUAAUAAACGAUUUAACAAUUUUUAUAGAUGAGUUUAAAUACAGCCGAGUUAUCACGACUCAAUGCAUUUGGUACAUUUUUAAGAAAUAAAACUUUUGACACCCGCUAGUUUCUUAGAUCUUUUAACAGUCAUUGACUGUCUAAAAUUGGAUGUAGUAAGUUCAAGGUGAAAUGCAACUGCUGAAUGUGCGAUUGUUGCAGUGAUGCUUGGGUAUAAGUGUAGAGAGGAAGAAGCUGUUUGAAGAAUUGCAUUCUUAAAUCUCCUUAGGAGUUUGGGUUUUAAUGAUACUUUGAAAUGCACAGGUUUCAAAGUCUUAAACAACUUCUGGAUCUCAUUCUUCCUUAAAAAAAAUUGUUACAAAGUACUGGGAGUGAUGUCAAAACAAUGAAAUUUAAAAUACUUCAUAUUGGAUUAUUCCAUUGAAUAAUAUUUUAAAAUGUGGCAUUAACUUUGAUUUUAAGAAAUAUGCGAGACUUGUAUUUGGUAUUUUUUUUGAUAAGGCAGCUGUAUACUACUUCAGGGAGUUCUAAAGCUCCACUUCCUGUAUGCAAUGCAGAAAAGUGGAGUUAGGGCUUUUAUCUGAGCUGUCAAUGCCAUUGGCAUCGGCAACAUUUUUUUAAAUGAGACACUUUUUACAAAAGAUUUCACUUUUAUGAAUGUUCAGGUUGUGUGCAUAGAUCAGUAUGAAAACAACAUCCCCUCUGAUACUUUGUUGUACACUAUAUAUCUCAAAUCAAAUAAAAAGCGAACAUCCCCAGCAAACAUCAAUCUAGAAUAGUGCUGGAGCUGUGUUUUAUCGUGGGCAGUUCACUGGGGUGCAUUUACUACCCUACUCAGUGAUACAAUCUGCUUAUCUGCACAGCAAACUAUUCGUUGUUAACCAUGUCAGUUUCUAUGCUAGUUAUACCUUUAUGGAAUCCAUGCUACUUGGCUAACCUGAAACUUCAGCAUUUAAGAUUAUGCAAAUAGUUCACAAUUCUUCAUCACUCUUUUAAUUUUUCUCCUGCAGAUUUCCUCUGAUUUUAGCACUCUGGUAAUCUUAUGUUCAUGUGGAAGCAGUUUAUAUAUGUGGUCUCUAAUUGUUGCAAACCUGAUGUGUUUGGUGCUGAUUUAAAAAUCCACCAAAAUGCUGUGAUUUAUGAAUUCAGAUUAUGGUGAAGAAGAAAAUUGUAAGGGAAUGAGCAGCUUAACUCUUGCACUACUUCACAUGCAGGCAGCUGACUCAUUCUGGACCAAAUCCUUCAUGGAUCCAUUGAAAGCAGAUUUUUGAAUGUAAAGCCAAAAGAUUAUUUGGUUCUUCCAGCCUGUAUUGAAGCUUAGUAAUGCAUAAGGUUUACUUACUGGAUGACAAAGAAUACUCUUGCAUGCUUGCACAUAGUAAAACAUUCUGUGUAGCAGUUCAGCAAUUAUGUUUUUAUCAACCUCCCUUGACACUAACAAUUACGUUUCAAUAGGGAAACUGGUGGAUGUCCACAUUGGCAUGGUUAUACCCUCCCAUGCUUCAAUAAAAUUUAUUUUCCAUGAACUUUGCUUUAGUAAUCACAUUAUUUAAUGUUGCAUUUGUGAAAUAGACUGAUAUUUAUUACCAGAACUUCCCAUUCCAUUUUAACUGAGUUCUUCGAAUGUUUUUGAGCUGCUGCUUUGGCUUGCUUAAUAUAAUUGGUGUAGGGUGUUGGGUUUGGUAGUAAAUGUGUCCAUUGUCUUUCUGCUUAACUACGCAAAUUUUAUUUUAUUACAUAUUCAUUGUCACUUAUAAAAAUAUAUGGAUGGUCUUAACACUAGUUUGCCAAAAAUUUAUUGUACAAGAUUUCUAUGAAGUGCAUGAUCCAUUUAUAGCAUUUUUACCACAGGCAAUUAAUUCACUCACUGUGCAUUUUAAUAUUAAUCCCAACAACAUGCAUUCCUACUUUAAAUAACUUUUCUCAAGAAGGUGCUAACAUGCUUUUCAAUGAAUUACUAACAUGUUGUUGUGUUCAGGUGAAAAUUGGAAAUGGAUUGACAGUAUACGUUGUGCUGAACACUGAAAAUGGAUAUAAUUGAGGAUAUAUUAUGCUUGGAACAAGAUGAUGCAUUUAAAAAAAUUGUGCUUGGAAAUGGUGUUCUGUUUAUUUGGGAGAUGGAAAAUGAUUUGAUGCAUUUAGAAUUCUAUGCUUGGAUCAGAAUUAUACUUGGACCAGGUAUGUAGCUGUGCUUAACUGGAAUUGAAUGUAUUGUGUUUUGUACUGUAUACAGGCUGCUAUUGGUCUAAAGAAAAUAAAGGUGUUAAGUUUGUUAAAAGUAUUCCUUUUGAAUGUGAUGAAUUCAAACUGCACGCACAAGUGUCUGUUUCUUUAAUGUACUAUAUUUUGGUACAAAGAAACGCAGAUCUGCAGUGUUGGUACAGAGUGUAUGGAGGGAAAGAACCUCCGGUUAGGCUGUUUAUGGUGGAAAUGGAUGCUUCAAUUUGCAGUUUAUUUCAUAGUUAAUAUUAAAGGCUUUAAAAAAACUCUUGGAGGACAUGAUUUUCACCAGGUGAAAAAUGUG